AUGUGCCCGUUCCCAGCACAGCCAUCUCCUUUGACGCCAAGGACUUCCUUCACAUUAAAGAGGAAAUCGAGUGGAAACUCUUCCUCCAGUCUUGGAGAAAUGGUGUCAGGGACAUUUCGAGCAACCCCCACAACAACAGCAAAACAGAAGCAGAAAGUGACGGAGCACAUCCCUCCCUACGAUGUUGUGCCAUCCAUGCGUCCGGUGGUGUUAGUGGGGCCAUCUCUGAAAGGUUAUGAGGUAACAGACAUGAUGCAGAAAGCCCUCUUUGAUUUCCUGAAGCACAGGUUUGAUGGGAGGAUAUCAAUAACAAGAGUGACAGCUGACAUUUCUCUUGCUAAGAGGUCUGUCCUCAACAAUCCCAGCAAGAGAGCAAUCAUUGAACGCUCUAACACCAGAUCCAGCUUAGCGGAAGUACAGAGUGAAAUCGAAAGAAUUUUUGAAUUGGCGAGAUCUUUGCAACUGGUUGUUCUUGAUGCAGACACCAUCAACCACCCAGCACAGCUUAUAAAGACGUCCUUAGCCCCCAUCAUUGUUCACGUGAAAGUCUCCUCUCCAAAGGUUUUACAGCGGCUGAUUAAAUCCAGAGGAAAGUCUCAGAGCAAACACUUGAAUGUUCAACUGGUGGCAGCCGAUAAACUGGCCCAGUGCCCGCCUGAAAUGUUUGAUGUUAUAUUGGAUGAGAAUCAGCUUGAGGAUGCGUGUGAGCAUCUGGGCGAGUACUUGGAGGCGUACUGGCGUGCCACCCACACAAGCAGUAGCACCCCCAUGACCCCACUUCUGGGGAGGAAUGUGGGCUCCACCGCCCUGUCACCAUAUCCCACCGCAAUCUCUGGGUUACAGAGUCAGCGAAUGAGGCACAGCAACCAUUCCACGGAGAACUCUCCCAUUGAGAGACGAAGCCUAAUGACCUCUGAUGAAAAUUACCACAACGAGAGGGCUCGUAAGAGUAGGAACCGCUUGUCCUCCAGCUCCCAGCACAGCCGAGACCACUACCCUCUGGUGGAAGAAGAUUACCCCGACACGUACCAGGACCCUUACAAGCCCCAUAGGAACCGAGGCUCACCUGGGGGAUACAGCCAUGACUCCCGACACAGGCUUUGAGGCUGCCAGAACAAACAAACAAAACUACUCAUCUGUUGACAAUUUGCCAUAGCACUGCUAGGAUAAAUCAAUCAUCUUAAUUUGGCAAGCACAGCACAGUAUCUGCUGCUGUCAUUUGAUCUAAGGGGCAAGAAUUAAAUAGAAAUACUUUAUGCCCUUCAGUCUAGAUGGGUAUUCGAUGCCCAGUCAUAUAGGUAUUUUUAAGUGCUACAUUUACAUGAUAACAGUACCUUUUGUUUUCUUCAUAGAUUUUAGACACAUCAAUUUGUAAUUUAGGGUACUUAUCAAGGCACAUAUAAAAUAAUUUCCCGUGUAGGAAAUUCCAAAUGACCAGUUCCAGUUGGAACCAAUUUAUAAACCAAUUCCUGUUGGAAUUUGGGAGAAUUGACUGGAAAGUCUACUUGAGCAUGUUGAAAUCAGUUGAAAAAUCAGAGAAAAAAAAACCAAUAAGAAAAUCAAAAUACUACUAGAAACCCAAAACCAGCUGUGGUAUUUAUUUGCUGAAAGCUAAAUUUCUACUUCAAGUUGGAAAGUGUAAACAUUUUAAUAAUAUGUUAAUGUUGCCAGAAUGGCUUUUCAACCUUACCAAAUGUACUGAUAGUGCCAAAAAAUUUCAGAAAUCUUAAUGCAGAAAUUAUAUAAUCGCCUCAGAUUUUAAUAUUUUUAUUUUUCCUGAUACAGCUGUUGUAUUCAAAGUUAUUUUGCUUUCUGUUCAGUCAGUACUGUUAGCCAGUUCAAAGCUGACAAAAUAAGGGGGAAAGGAGUUUAUUGGCAAUGAGAAUAAUAAAGAGAAACCCAAGCAUGGCUAGUUAUAGGACAUGGGAAAUGAGGUGCUGUUUCUUCUGUAGUCAGUCUGCGUACAACUACAUACAUCUGGAGAUCUGAAGUCAGAUAGCAGAGAUGUGGCCAGGCCUUCCUGGGACAGAGGCAGCCGGCUCCAGACGGGAAGUCAUCCGUGCCACUACACCCGACCCUGGCACCGGAGUUCCGCCAGCAUAGCUCAGUGUCCUUCCCUGACUUCACUCAGUCUCUGUCUUUGACUAUAAAUAAUGUUUUAGCAAUACACCACAGUUUUUAAAUCAAACUAACAGCCUUUUUUUUGUUUGUUUUUCAUGGACAUAAUCAAACUUGGUACUGAAAGUUACGUUUUCGCAAGAAAAACUAAUUGGGAAAAGCUAAAACACUGAAUUAAAAUCUUGCAGAAAACAAAACCCUGACAGACUCAGAAUAUAUUUGUUCACUAAAAGUAAGGCACUUUUUAUGCGGGGCCUUAGAGAACUUGGGGAAUGCUGUGUUUUAUUGCUAGUGAACAGCCUUUAGAUUUCCAAUGAGUAUAUGUUUGGAAUUGGUGACCCAUAUCCUAAAGAUUAAAGAAGACUUUAAUCC